GGUAAGGCAAAGUUAUAUUUAAAAGAGAUUUUGUUCAGGGUGGGUUGUGGCAGCGGACAGGGCAGCCAAGAAUCCCCGAUACCAGACGUUUAAUCCAGGAUGCAAACCUUUGUAGCUUUGUGCACUCUUCUCUCACUCCUCUUUUCUGCUCAAGCAGAUGUGGUGCAACGUUUUGAGGAUGAGGCAGAAUGUAUGAAAUACUUCUAUAAAGGGAAGGUGCCAGAUUGGGGGACUUCUACACCUGGUGUUGCCCGUCUCUGUCAGCGCUUCGUCAACAGGUACCACUUUGCAACACUGUAUGACACCAACCAUCGUAUUGCUGUCUACUCUGCCUAUUAUUUCCAGCCCAGUAAUGGAGGUGGCAGGGAGAAUAGGUGGUUUGUUGAGCCUCAGCUAGUAAAGCUGUCCUGGCAAGCAGAAAUGAAGGAUGGUUACUGGCUGGGGAAAGACCACCCUGGGGUCUAUCUUGGAGAGAAACAGGCUCUGAAUGAGGACUACACAUACUCUGGCUUCGAUCGUGGUCACCUCAACCCAAACGGACACCAUGCAGUACCUAGCCGCAAUGCUACUUUCACCCUGACCAAUGUGGUUCCUCAGAACCCCAAGCUGAAUCAGAAUGCCUGGAGGAUCCACGAGUCCCAGCUCACCAGUCUUUUCCAGGACAAGUGCUCUAAGGCUUUUGUGCUGGUCGGUGCCAUUCCCUCUGCAAACAACUGGAUUGUCAAAAACAGUGUGAAGCGUGUCAACAUCCCAGACUACCUGUGGAACGCCUACUGUUGUGUGGACAAUAAUGGCAGACCCAUUCAGAGUGGUGCUGCCACAGCAAGGAACACUGAGGAAAACUGGGUGGAGAAACUCUCCCUGGAUGAACUUGGAGAAUUCCUGCAACAGUUCUCAAAUCAACCAGUAGGGGAGCUGUUUUACAAUAACUGCAGGGCAUGAAUAACAAAGGAACUGUAGAAAAACUAUUUUGGCUGUCACAGGAACAAAAAGCUAUUUUCGUAUUGAUUCAAAUGUGGUGGUAUAGUAAAUACAGAUUCAGUUUCACACUGUUGUCAACAUGGUGUAUGUCACCAUGUAACAGCAAACACAACCUUUGAUAUUCAUGUCAUUCAAAAAACAAAUAGAUGACUAAAAAUAAAACGCAGAGGGAUUAACUGGC